AUGUUAGGAGACAAGAAGAAGUCGAGCCGCCGGCUGUCGAGUCUAUUCUCAAGCGGAUCGUCCGAGUCGUCUACGUCGACUUCCACCAAGCUGAGCCCAGCGCCCUCAUCGGAAUCUAGCAGCCGCCUUACAAAAGUGCGCAACCGCCUUUCGUCGGCAACACACCUCGCACCUGAACAAUCGCCGCCAUCGGCACCAAAGUCUCCCCAUCGCCUCUCCGUCUCCAACCCCAUCGCCCCGCCAGUCGUACCUGCCGACCUUGAGCCCCUCGAACCGCCGCCACCGCUCGACGUCCCUUCCCGCGCAUCUUCGCCCUCUGGUAGCCGACCAGGAAGUCCAGCUGUCGAUUCUACAGGAAAGUUGAAGAAGCUGCGCAGAAAGAGUGGUUUGUUUGGGAGCGGGCCAGUCAUUAGUGCUGAUGGCCUCGCAGGCGCGAAUCAGGCGGGUGCGGGUCAGCCCGCCUGGAUCGUCGGGCACAAAGGCAAGGUGCCAUAUGAUCUGACGCUGUUGCUGAACGGCGAAAAGGUGCCAGAACUAUGGGACGACGCAGGAGACACUUUCGUCUACCUCUUUCCACGCACCUCCAACAAAGGCGCCUCUUUCCGCAUCGACUCCACCGUCUAUGCAGCCUCGCAGCUGCUUACGCGACUCGUUCAUGGCAGUCUCUACAGCGACACUGUUGCGCCGUCGAUACCUCCGCUCGACCUGGAAGAGCGACCAUCGCGGCGCGUGUCCGGGGAGCCAUUUACCCAGCAAUCGCGCACCGCGUCGCCUGACCAGAGCCAAUUGGGCAGUUCCGACAGCUCCAAAGGAUCUAGAGCCUUGAGCGAUGCUGUGGAGGACGACUAUACCGAGAAGCACAUGUACAUGCCCAUUGCUCUGAGCUCAGACUCUGCCGUCACCCCGCAUGAGGCGAAACUCAACGCAAACGACACCGACACACUCGUUACCUACCGUAACUUCUUCGCUUUCCUCAUCGGCCAAUCGCUAGUCGCAACCGAGCGUCAUUCGGACAUCUUUGACAUAUUCCUGCGAAUAGGCGACAUCUUGUCGCACUAUGCCUUCUCCAACGUGGACGGCUCAACCUUUGGCGAGGUCGCCGCUUCAAGCUUCGACUGCUAUGUUGAUGAGCUGGCCCUGGCAGAUGUCAGACAGAGCCAUGAGAAGACCAUUGAAGCCAUUGUACUCGGCGAAAAGAUGCGUUCUAUGGCGCUCUACACGGAGGGAUUUGUUCACGCUGCUGGAAAAUACGACAGCAUCAAGGAACUCGACUCCCCCAAGUUUGGCAUGAUCACACCCAAGACUGCAACCCGACUGGCUCGUGCUGCCAUGGAUCUGGACAACCGAGAAGCCAUUAUCAAUGGGAAACUCAAGGACUUUGAGUUCCCGCAUAUCUUUUCCGGCAUCAUGAACAGCGCUACGACCAGCGAGGGCAAGAUGAUAAGCUUCAAGAAGUGGAGGGCCGCUUUCGGAACCUUCAGAACCUUUGUGCUCGAUUAUUACAGACACAAAUACGGCUCAUGGCUACCAAAGGCCAAGUCGAAGAAGAACAACCUCACUACGAGUGGUCUCAACCGACUAGUCUUGUUGGAGAUUUACCGAGACAUGUCUAGUCUGUACGACCUCCUGGUGGACAGGACGAAUCUGACGAACCGCACGGCCGACGGUUUUAUAGCCGAAGACGAAGGCACGGAUAUCGAGGCCAUUGUCGCGCGUGCGCUCCGCAAAGUUUUGAGUGAGUAUGACCGCAGCACUCCACCGGUGCAGCCACCAAUACCCUUCGACUUACCGCUGUAUCCAAUCUCGCAAAACGCAAAAACAGGAGAUGCAAAGAAGGACGCAAAGGCACGUGGGAAGAAGCUACACAAAGAGGACGUCGCCAAACUGCUGAAACAAUCGCACAACGAAGACGCUGAUACUCAAACACCCUUCUUGCAAGCCUUCCGCCAAUUUGAGUUCAAGCAAGCCUCAGGCUCCAACAUGGACGACAUGUGGGAUCUGCGAUCCGGGCAAUGGCUGUUCCUCUAUGCCGUCAUACAGUCACUGCCCAUGUUGGUGGUAGACGCACCCGGCGUCCGAUUUACCGAGGGCGUAGAGUAUUUCCUGUGUGAGGUGCCACGCAGUGGUGUGCCAUGGGCACGGGAGGACACAACACGGUCUCGAACAUGGUUCGGUGUCGCAGGAGGUGCGCAAGUCGUCAGCUUACCUACUGACAUCGUCGAGCACGGCGUGGAAGGCGUUUUCCGAAGAUCUCACUGCUGGAAAAUGGCACAGCAAUGGGCAGCGAACGACACUCUCCUCAACGCUGCGAUGCAGGAGCUAAAUGCGAGUGCUUCGCCGUUACCCCCUCCUCCUGGACUGCUAGAUCCUUCAGCGGCUUCGAUUCGUGGACGAUCACAGAGCCCCGACCGGCGUCGCGAAAGCGUCAUGAACUUGGGCCUCGAGGCAUUGCCGUUGCCUCCUGGCGUUGCCCCGCCCAUUGGUGGCUCGCCGCUACUUAGGCCCGCAUCGAGCAGCGACCCCAACAAGACAUUCGAUGCCAUAUUAGGGACCUCUCCAGGCUCAAGCCCGAAGCCAAAGAAGAAGAAGAAAUGA